AUGCUGUCCCCAGAAAAGGACAUACCCCGUGACCGGGAAUUGGUCCGGCAUUCGCUGACAUACUCCGAGUCUAAAGUUCCAAUGUGGGACAGUUCGGAUCCUGAGCGUGCGCCUCCGCCACUACCAAUGAAUCCUCGUUCAAUGAGCCCGACGACGAGAUCCAACGUGUCGCCCAACAUUCAAGCAGUUGCCGCAAAAUUUACAGAGAGACCGAGCGAACAUGCACCUAGCUCGUACACAACAAAUCCCAUGCCCUUGAAGUCGUCCUCUCCAGAGAGGUCGUUGGUUAAAGGUCAGCAUCACAAGCGCAUGCAGUCACUACAGUCUGAGGAUAUACGACACGACGCGCGCAGUGACUUUUUAAAUUAUCUCGAGAACAGAUCACCAGAGCGACCUCUUCGUGCGACAAUUAUUGAAGCGGCUAAGCCACGCGAUCCAAGCAAGUCUGUCAGUACGCCAACCCUCCGUCAAGAGACAGACCGGGAGAUGAACUACUCCUUAUCAAGCCGGUACUUAUCCAAGCCGAUCUUGGGGGAAAGCACUCCGCCAUCGGCUACAAUGCUGGCUUUGCAGAACAUGCAGCUGCCUGUGGAACUCGAUUCUCCGUCACCUUCUAAAGCACCAAAAUUGAUCGCUGCGCCAUAUGAGCCUCUGCCGCAACCAACCACGAACGUAAAUAUGGACACUCUGUCAAGCCAAAUCCACAGUCUUACUGCCAUUGCAAGCAGCUUGCAACGUGAGAUGAUGAAUUUGAGCCGACGUAGCAAAGACAACGCCACCGACUUGGUCAGUCUCAAGGCUGCAACAAAUGCGAGGGAUGAGGACAUUCGCAAAAGCCUCAAAGACUUGUCUUCACAUCUCACAAACAAAUAUCUUGAUACCGAUGCUGCAAGGUUUGAUUUCAGUAAUCUUUUCAAAGGUGGUGAUGGGCCUAACCCCAAGGAUCCGGACAGUCCCUUGUCGAAGAGAAGCUACUCCGCGCCUCGCAUGCCGAGUCCUAAUCCUUUCGCCUUUGAUCGAGAUUCUUGUUCCUCCCCUGCGCCGAUCUCGGACGGUUCCGCGGCUCUCGCUUUGCUCGAAAAGGUAUUGCGCGAAAUGGCAACUAAGGAAGGCGAGGAGAGAUUGUUGCAGGUCGUCGAAGAAAUCAAAUCCCGACCCCCUGGUAGCUCCUCUGACAAAGAAGCUGAUACCAAAGUCACCGUCAUGCUCGAAGAGAUUCUCAAUCUCGUCAAAGAGGAUCCCUCAAGCAAAGCCCUUGUGCGGUCUUACGGAAAAGCAGACGCGCUCGAUGAUACCCACGCUCACGAUGCCUCCCCCGAGGCCACCCGAUCUGGUUCUAUGGAUUGUCUAGAUCCCGAAAUCGUACGUGCACUAGAUAUUUCCAAGUCUGAUCAAGGAGAUGGCGCUAGCGAGGUUAUGGCCAUUCUUCGAAGUGUGAAACACAGUGUGGUAGAAGGAGGUGGAAUGACCAAUGGUGUGAAGUCCCUGGUACGUGAACUGAGAGGGGAGGUUCUGGGCAUGGGCCGAGAACUAGGUCGUCGACUAGACGAAAUCGAGACUUCGCAUGCCAAUGAAGGCCCUGAGGAGCAGCCUCGGGGUGCUGGCCCAGAGGAAAUCUCAGCCAUCGUCAACCGCAGCUUGGACGACCUCAAAGAGCAGCUGGCUGCCACAAUCAAUGAGAGUCGACAGCAAUCUUCCGACCUAUCCGAGUUCCUAUCAACAAUGAACAGCGCCACGAUCUAUUCUGUUGUGAAAAAAGCCCUCGAUGAGCUAGAACUUCCUCAACCCCAAGCCGAGCCGAGAGGCGCUGAAAUGGACCGGGAAGACAUUCUUGAGACUGUCCGUGAAGCGUGGGAGACGUACAAGCCAGAGAUCGAGUUCAACAAUUUUGGCCUGGAACGAGACGAAAUCCUCACUUGUCUCGAAGAAGGGCUCAAAUCUUAUCAGCCGCAGCAUGAAGAAGCAGUAACCUACGACCAGGUGCUUGCGGCCGUGGAAGACGGCAUGCAGAAGUUUAUUCCUCCUCAAAUUGAGCACUCACCAAGUAUGUCUCGGGAUGAGAUCAUCUUGACUAUUCGCGAAUGUCUAGAGAAGCAGCCUGAGCCUGCUACGAGGUCCCUUGAAGAGGAACACGUGGGCCACCUCCAUUCUAUGCGAGAUGAGAUCCUCGAUGCGGUGGCUAAAGCCACGGCCGCCCACAACGAAGGAACGAAGUCUCUCGAUGAGGAACAUGUCAACCACCUCUACUCCGUCCGAGAUGAAAUUCUGGAUGCCGUUACGAGUACCAUGGCAGCCAAUAACACAGCGCCCAGGGCUCUGGAUGAAGAUCACCUCCAUCAUCUUCACUCUGUCCGCGAUGAAAUCAUUGAAGCAGUGACCGGGGUAGUGACCAAUCAUGCCAAGAGUCCCAAACCCAUCGACGAAGACCAUGCUAGUCAUCUGACUUCGCUCCGUGACGAAAUCCUCCAAGCAGUCGCUGGGGCGAUGGUGAGCAACAAUACAGGCUGCAAGGAGUUGGACGAGGAACACAUCAAUCACCUAUACUCCGUUCGCGAUGAAAUUAUCGAGACUAUCACUGGAGCUAUGGCCAACCAGCAAGCUUCUAGGUCUAUGGAUGAAGAUCAUGUUGGUCAACUCAAUUCUAUGCGUGAUGAGAUCCUCGGGGCAUUAGCUGGCACCAUGGCUCAAAGCGCCCUCAGCAAGGAUUCCUAUGACUCUGGGCUUGGACGUGAUGAGAUUGUCAGUGCUGUCUCUGAUGGUUUGGAGGCUCACUUCACCGCGGCCAAGGAUUUAGAUGGGCCACGCCUUUCCCGACAUGACGUUAUGAACGCCGUCAAUGAAGCGUUUGACGCUCAACAAUCCGCCCUCACCAUUGCCCACGCGAAUAUCUCUCGUGAUGAGAUCUUGAACGCCAUUGCCGAAGGAAUUGAAACUUCAAUGCAUGCCCAGCAAUCCGCACUAAGCACCAAUGUUCAACCAACAGUCUCCCGUGAAGAAAUCUUCGGCGCCAUUGUAGACGCCAUUGAGCAAUCCCGGUCUUCCUCUGGCACUGGCGGUCAGCCUAGCAUUUCUCGUGACGAGAUUCUGGGAGCCAUUUUGGAAGGCGUGGAGCAGUCGUCAAGACAGAAAGAGCCAACUAUCUCCAGAGACGAAAUCUUGAAUGCUAUCGCGGAUGGUAUUGAGAACUCAAAUAACUCUUCUUCGCGUGCUCUCAUGUCGACGCAUCCUGAGCCCGAGAAUCAAAACACCCCUCUCUCCCGGGAAGAGAUCUUCACUGCCAUUGUCGAUGGCAUUGAACACUCUCAUGCUGCACUCGGCUCAAAUUCACAGCCUAGUGUUUCCAAAGAGGAUAUCAUGAGCGCGAUCGUUGAAGGCAUUGAGGCUUCCACAGUUAGUCAACAAUCAGCGCUUAGCACACAUGUCAAAGAGCCCUCCAUCUCACGAGAAGAGAUUUUGAGUGCCAUUGCAGAAGGCAUUCAGAAUGGUAACUCUAUUACCCGGGAGAUCGAACUCAACCAGGAUGACCUCAUGCAGGCGAUCACGGCUGGUCUCAGUGAGGCUAUGGGUACUACCAAUACCAAUGUUAGCGGGGAGAUGACAGAGCGACUCCAGACAUUGUUCGACGGGAUGAAAGAGGAAUUCAAACAGUACUCUUCCGCCGGAGGCCGAGACACUGAACAGGUGCUUGACGCGAUCAAGGAUGGUCUUGAUAUCGUCCACAAGGAGAUCGAAACUUACGUGGUUGCAGCUGCCGAUCUUUCGGGGAAGGACGAAGUCAUCGACACGGUCAAGGAAGGCUUCCGUCUCCUUCAUGCUAACAUGGAGAAGACUAUUACCGAAACUUCUCUUGCAAAUGCGCCUCGAGGUAAUCCUGAUACCCCUGAGCUCCUAGAUGCCAUGGAAAAGGAGUUUGAGCACCUGCGAGGAACAAUCACGACUCUGCUUUUGCGCAAUAACAGCACCGAGGACAAAGAUGAGAUCUUAGACGCUAUCCGGGAAGUCUCUGAUCAGCAAAAGAACGGAUCUGGUACUCAGGAGGUGAUUACCACUGUCAAGCAGGAGUUUGAGAGCCUCCGAGAGCGGAUAGACACGAGUGUGGUUCGGUCAGAGCCCAGUUCUGAGAAAGACGAAAUCAUCUCCACGCUCCGUGAGCUAUUUGACAGCUUACGUGAAGAGACCUUGCGUCGAGAUGACACCCUUCGCGAACAAAUGGAUAUGAGUGUCGUUCGUUCAGAGCCUGGUGUCGAGAAAGACGAAAUCAUUUCUGCACUUCGCGAGCACUUCGACAACCUACGCGAAGAGACCUCGCGGAGAGAUGAAAACGAUAGCAUGCUAUCUGCGACAAGCGAGCUCAUUGAUGCCUUCACCGACGGUGUUGGCUCGAUCCGUGAAGACUUGAAAAGAGUACUAGAGAAGCCGACUGAGUUCGACAGUUCCGAGAUCCUCGACACCAUCAAAGAUGGUCUCGCUGGCCUGAAGCUUGAGAUGGAUUCUCUCCGUCAAACCAACAAAGAGCUGCAGGAUAUCAGUACCACCCGCGGCGAUGAGCUCGUGCUGGCAAAUGAGACCAACAUAGCACCUGACAUUGAUGGUCUGAAACUGCUCAUCACCCAGCUUCAAGCCAAAGUUGAAUCCAUUGACACUACUCCUCGCGCCCCAGAGCCCGCCGAGGAUGCCUUGAAGCGCUCGCAUAUUGACGAAGUCCUUCUUGCCCUCCAAGAAGUUCAACUUGCCAUAGGUGAAAUGGGGGCUCAAAUCAACCCCCAGAACGAUGAUACCGCUCGCAAGCAAGACACAGAGGCCCUCGAACAGUUACUAUUGAGCACAAAGACACAGAUUGACGAGUUGGUCAUUCCUUCGCCAGAUCAAGUCGCCACUCCUGAUCAGAUAGGAGCACUUGAGGCAAUGAUCCGCGAGGCCAAGGAUUCGAUUGCUGAGUUCUCCAGUCAUGUCGAAGCCGAGGUUCCCACAAAGUCUGAGAUCGGUACUUUGGAGGGUCUCAUCAAAGAUGUCUGGGUUCUGCUGGUAGAACUUAUAAGCAAGACCAAGGAAGGAGAAGAAGGAGAGGAUUCGGAGAAAUUACUGAAAUCAGAUCUUCAAACCAUGGAAGCCAUGAUUUUCGAAGUUAAGUCUCAAGUGGACGAGUUGGUGCUUCCUGAUGUAGAAACUCUCCCCACAAAGACGCAAAUCCACGAGCUUUCCUCCCUCGUCAGCGACUUCCGAGAGACGAUGGAAGCCAACAACGACUUGACGGCCCAAGGAUUUGAUGCUCGCAAGAUCGAACAUGGUGGUCUAGCCGAGAAGAUUGAUGAGGCGAAGUUUGUCGUGGGCGAGCUUGGGGACGAACUCAAGAGCAAACUUGAUGGCAGCUCUGAAGGUUUGGCUGAGCUAAAACAGCUCCUCGAAGGCCUCGCUGUUACCGCUGAGAAUUUCGGCACCGUCGACAACAUCAAGGAACUCACCGAUCUCAUCAACAGGGAAUUCGAACGUUCCCGCGGCGAAGAAGACGCUAGUAAGGCCGAGAAAGAGGAGCGAGACGCUGCUAUCUCAGUCAAACAUGACGAGACGCGAGCCGCCAUCAUUGUGGACCUUGGUACAAAGAUCGAUGAAAAAAUCUCCGAAGUGCUUGCAAAAUACGAGGACGCGCACACCUCUCUCCAGUCCAAGUUUGCCGAAACCGAGGAAAGAGAUCUUGCACACACUGAAUCUUUGACGACCACCAAGAGCCUUGCUGAAGACAUCAAGCUGGUAAUUGGAGCUAUGGGUGAUAGUGUCAAUGAGACCUGCGAACGUUUGAGUGUCGACACCAAGUCCCUCAUGGAACAAGUCGGUCAGUCUCGCCAGCAAAUGGAGGAGAUGCAUAACGAUGUAAGAUCACGCCAGGAGCAGUCCCAGGCCGAGAAUGAGAGGGCUGCCGCUGCCACCGACCGAGUGGAGAGUAAACUCCUGGAGUUCCACCCUCAGAUUUUGGAAUCCGUGCAAGAAAUCUUGACGAUCGUUAGCCAGCACUACGAUCACUCUCAGAAAUCAGCGGAGGACUUCAAAUCAGAGCUUUCGGCAUUGCCUUCCAACAUCCCAGCGAUGCUGCCCGCCCUUCCCCCGCCAGAAACUGAGCGUCAACUCGCCAUAGAGGAUACUCCGAUGCAAAGCAAGCUUGAUGACCUAUUGGAACUUGCUAGGGAUAACAAGGUUCACGAGGUUUUGAGCACUCUACUUGACCACUACAAGAAUGACAAGCUUCAUGAGAAGCUUGACAAAGUCAUGGAUCACGCAUCACGCUCCAACGAUCAGAUACACGAAAAGCUUGGGGAAAUUCUCGAUCACUCGAAGAAUGAGGAGUUACACCAGAAGCUCGACCGGGCCCUCGAUCAAACAUCUGGGUCGAAUGAUCAGAUACACGAAAAGCUUAGUGAAAUCCUUGAUCAUUUGAAGAAUGAGCAGUUACACGAGAAGCUUGACCGGGCCCUCGAUCAAACAUCCGGAUCGAAUGAUCAGAUACACGAAAAGCUUACCGAGCUCCUCGAUCACUCGAAGAAUGAUGAGCUUCACGAGAAGCUUGACCGGGCUCUGAAUCAAGCAUCCGGGUCAAACGACCAGAUCUACGAAAAGCUUAGUGAACUCCUCGACCACUCGAAGAACGAUCAGUUAAACGAGAAGCUUGACCGGGUCCUGGACCAAACAUCCGGAUCGAAUGAUCAGAUAAACGAAAAGCUCACUGAACUCCUUGAUCACUCAAAGAACGACCAACUUCACGAGAAACUUGACCGGGCUCUGGAUCAAGGAUCGGGCUCACACGACCAGAUAUACGAGAAGCUCAAUGAACUUCUCGAUCACGCCACCAGUGGUAGUGGUCCUGUCCACGAAAAGUUGGAUGCGCUCCUCAGUCGCCCCACGAACCCACCAGAAUCUGAUCAGUCGGUCACCCAGAUGACCAAAUUGCACGAGAUGCAUAUGGAUAUCAUGGAAAACUCCCGCAGAAUGAACGAAAUGUUUGCUGUCCAAUCCACGUUCAUCGCCGAGGAUACUGAGCGGAAGCGGCGCGAAGCUGAGGAGGCCGCGAUUGCUCUUGAACGGAGAGUCGCCCAGCGUGAGCAAGUGGAAGCCGAGCUCGUCGGCUUGCAUGAAGAGAAGGAUUCUAUGCUGAAGAUGAUCCACCGUCUGAGAGCCGAGAAGGAAGAUAUGAUCAAGCAAAACAACAAACUCAAUAAGGAUCUGUCUGGGCUUGAAACCGCUCUAGAAAUUCGUCAUGAAGAAAUGCGACAAAUGGAGGAACGUGCGGACGGCCUUGAGAAACGUAUUUUGGAGGGUGUGCUCGACCAUGCGCGCACCGUUCUCCUCGGUCGUUCCAAUAGCUUGCAUGCCAUGAACCUGAGGAGGAACCGCAGUACCCGGAGUACCCGUUCUUCUCGAGCAGGUGCUCGCAGCCCCAGUGUUGCAAGCACCGCCAGCACCGCCAAGGAGCUUAAGGACAACAGUUGUCUAGUUGGCAAUGGUGUCGGAAUGGCUCUGAAACGCCGAGUGCCAACCUCGCUUCAGGCUGGAACAGUCGCUGUGUCGCCCAACAUCGGAAAGGAGCGUCGUAUCCUGAGCUUGAGUCACGUUACAGGCAACCGUGGAGCCGACCGAAAGGUCAGCGGUAAAUCUGGUAUCACUAGCUUGAAGCGCAGCCACUCUUUCAAAUCGAACUCUCCUCGCAAGACCUCUUGGGCUGGCCCAAUUUCGGUUGCCGACAAGGAGAACGAGCCUUUUUAUGAAGAAGACGAGCUUGCCAGCGAAGUGGAGGAUGCUAUUCCCCAACGGAAGAUUAGUUACGCAGCAAGCAACGCCACUACCAACCGCAGGACAAGCUACGCAGAAUCAGACUUUGGCCCUGAACGAAAGACAAGUUACGCCGGCAGUAUUGCCGACAGUGUGGCCACGGAUAUCACAAAUUCGCGUCGUGUCAGCGGAGUGGGCUCCAUAAACCCAUCUGGUGCGGCUGAAAGCCCAAUUGCUGAGGAUGCCCACCAGAGGCAUCAUGAUGAUAUUUCUAUUAAUGGGUCCGAGUCAGAAGACAAUGCGCGAACACAAAAAGCGCAUUUUGAGCACGAGGACCACAAUUCGGGAGAUCACAAAAUGUGCUGCCCGAUUAGGGAAGCCAAUGAGGCCGCAUAG